AUGCCCGUCCCCCUGGAAGACGCCGUCCUGCCCGUGGCCCCGCAGCCGCAGGCCUACAACGUCCACUUCCUGUCCUCCCUGCUGGCCCCGCACAGGAGUCCCGCCGUUCUGCCCCUGGGCGCCUGGGCCAGGGAAGGAGCCGCCCACCCCGGUGUCCGGGUGAUUCCAGUGGGAAUAAAGGAAGCCGGUGGUGCAGUUAUAAGUAACAACCCAGAGGAGGCAACUUUUCAGAACGCCCUUGGCCCCGAACCCUGUCACACGUUUGAAUCAUCCCAGGAAGCAGAGGAGGCCGCCGGCUGCUCUCUCAAGAAAGACUCUAACCCAAUGGUGAUAUGUCAGUUGAAAGGGGGCACACAAAUGCUGUGUGUAGACAAUUCUGGCACGAGAGAGCUAAAAGCAGUUCAUUUGGUUCCUCAGUAUCCAGACCAAAAUAACUACUUACAGUCAGAUGUCCCUAAACCAAUGACUACUUUAGUAGGAAGAUUUUUGCCAGUCCCAGCAAAAUUAAAUCUCGUUACACAACUCGAUAACGGAGCCUUACCAUCCAUAGUCAACGGGUCUACUGUCCCUUCGGGAUCCACCCUUCCAGGACCACCCAAAAUAUCUUUGGCUGGGUACUGCGAUUGCUUUGCCAGCGGGGACUUUUGCCACAACUGCAACUGUGACAAUUGCUGCAACAACCUGCAUCACGAAGUCCAGCGGUUCAAGGCCAUUAAGGCAUGUCUCGAUAGGAACCCAGAAGCUUUCCAACCAAAGAUUGGGAAGGGGAAGCCGGGAGACGUGAAGCCUCGACACAACAGAGGCUGUAACUGCAGGAGGUCAGGCUGUCUCAAGAAUUACUGUGAGUGCUACGAGGCCAAAAUUAUGUGUUCUUCUAUUUGCAAAUGCAUUGGUUGCAAAAAUUAUGACGAAGGCCCAGAACGGAAAACCCUAAUGAGCAUGCCCUACCAUCCGGACGCUGGAGGGUUUGAAGGCAGCCCUCAUUUGUCACCAACUGAAUGCGCGGGACUGCCGCAGUUCAGAAAAGACAGGUAG